GUGGCGUGAAUAUACAAACUGCUAACCGGACUUUUAGUACAGUAGGGAGUUGAGACUUCCCGGGCACGUGCAGUUGAGUCUGCAUAUUUCCUUCAUCGGCGAUAUAACUUUAAUGUUUUGGAAUUAAAUUUAUGCAAGGGAACAAACAGAUUUGUUGUAGCCUACCAGCGGUAUCCCAAUGACACAAUGACUUUGGCUUUCCCUCGAUCGGGAUUUGUGGUCAUGUGCGGGAUUGUAGUACUAACCCUUGCCCUGUACCCAAUGCUGAGGACACUGGUUGUUCAGAUCCACUCUGCUGUUACUGGGAGCUAUGUGACAGGAUAUCACUCUGUGCUGCUCAUCAACUGUCCUACUGAACAGAUUGCCAGAGAUGUUGGCAGGGGCAUUAUGGAGAAAAGACUGGCGGCAUGUGUGAAUAUAUUUCCCCGCACUGCCACCAUGUACUAUUGGAAAGGAGAGAUUCGAGAGGCUUCAGAAAUCCUGCUGCUUGUGAGGACGAGAACAUCUCUAAUACAGAGACUUAUGGCUUAUGUAAAAGCUGUGCAUCCAUAUGACAUUCCAGAAAUCAUUAGUUUUCCUAUUGAAGAUGGAAGUCUGCACUACUUGAAGUGGAUUGAAGAUGCAGUCACUGAUAUUUGACACAUGAACGUUUGCAAUCCUUUGGAGAAGCAGCCCUACUGGAAACUCUGUAUGCAAAAUUCUCAGGUUAAUGGGAACCUGGACCUAGACAGAGGAAUAUUAGAAUGAAUGUCUCUUCAUAUAAAGAUCAGAGUGUACACAGAUCAGCCACAACAUUAAAACCACCUGCCUAAUACUCUGUAGGUCCCCCUUGUGCCACCAAAACAGCGCCAACCCAAAUCUCAAAAUAGUAUGUAUUAAUGAUUGUUGGGAUUUGCUCACAAAACAGUCUUUAGAAUUAACUUAGAAUGGUGCCAAAAACAUCCAGAAUGGCCAGACAAAGUCUACAGUAGCUCUGUACAACUGUGGUGAGAAGAAUAGCAACUCACAAUGCUAUUCUGAGAUGUGGAUUGGUGCUGUUUUGGCAGUACGAGGGGGAGCUACACAAUAUUAGGCAGGUGGUUUCAAAGUUGUGGCUGAUCGGUGUAUAUGUACUGGGUUGGUUUGUGUGGUAAGAUGUUUGUCCAAUAAUGUGUUACCAGUAGCUCAGAAAUGUGUAAAAAUACUCCUGACAUUUUAAAGGUUUAACAUUUUCCAAGCUGCCUUUCAUACUCAACUAGAUCCGACUGUUAUUGUGAUCCAUUACAUUGAUCUGAGAAAUUGUUGUAUAGAAACUGCUGACGAGCAUCUGUUCAAAAAUAUAUAUUUAUUGACCACUUUGUUGACUUGAAUUUACUUUAUAAUAAAGAGGAUAGGUUAUUUCUAAUAUGAAUUUAAUUCAUUGUUAAAACAAUAUGUGAGGACUUAGUCACAUAACUUAUUUAAUGGAUUGCCAUUUUGAAAUGUGGUUGGGCAUAAUUAAAAAAAAAUCCCAAAUCUUUUCUAAAUUAAUUUCAAAAUAA